AUUAAUUCCCUCAGCCUCCAAUGACCCUUAAUUCUAACAUUCAGAAUUCAUUGAUUCUAUGUCACAAUACAGAAUUCAAGCCACAAUUCCAAACUCAUUAUGACAUCAUAGUUAGGUUAGAUUACAACAAGUUACAUAACCAAAGACAAGAAGACACUACAGCCAUUCAAUACAAUACUUCUUUAGUGAUCAUAGCCUACUUCUUAAACUGUAAUUAGUCAGAAUUUGCAUAGAAUAGACUGAAUCUAUUUCAGUGCAAGACUGAAUCCACUGAACAGACAGUGGUCAGUGAGAGGGAGACAGAGAUGAUGGAAAGUGAGGAGGUAAAGAAAAGCAGUGAGAUGGAGGGACAAGAGAAAGACAGACAAAGAGAAAUGGAGGGGCUAGUUAGAAUGAGAAAGAGGAUUGAGACUUGCAUCAAGGUAGACCACCAACGAUGGCAGCUAGAGAGAGACUUGUUGAACAAAGUUAACAAGAUGAGGGAAGAACAAGAGCAAGAAAGACAAAGAGAAGUAGAAGAGCUUCUGAUCAAGAAAGAGCAGAAUGAGGAUCAUGUUGAAGUACAGAGCAACCAAUGGAAGCUAGAGAGAGACGUGUUCACAGAACAGACAGAAAGAGAUGUGUCAGACAGAUAUGAGAUAGACAGCAAAAUGGCUGAACUGAAGGUACUGAACACUGUGAACCUGGCCAAGUUAGAGAAGGUGAUUGUGAACUGUACAAGGAUGUUAGCUGAGAAUGAAAGGGAGAGAAAUGUGUUAAAGGAACAGAGAGAAAGCUUAGUGGCAGACAAAGAAAAGAUCGAAAUCCAAAUGACAAACCUAAAGAUGGAGAACAUACUGAGGUUGGGCAAGAUAGGAAAGUUGACAGUUAAGAACACAAGACUGUUAGCUGAGAAUGAAAAGGCCAGAGAUGUGUUAGAGAAAAAGAAAGAAAACACAGCAGCAAUCAGACAAACAUUGCUGCAAAAGAUAGCAGAGGAGGAAUUUGUGUACCUGGCCAAGGUGGAGACGGGGACAGUGGAGAUCAACAGACUGUCAGAUGAGAAUGAAAAGGUGGACAGGGUCAGAGAGAGGAACAGAUGGAAGUGUAUCAGAAAGGGUUUGGAGACAGCAUUGGCCAAAGCAGACCAGGAGAAGAAUCAGACCCUAGAAGCCUGGAAGAAGGAAAGGGGGACAUGGGCCAGGGUCACCGCUUGUCUGCAAAGUCUCUGGGAUCAACGAGGAGAAAGAUGGAUGAAGGAGAAGGAGGAGAUGAAAGAGAAGAGCACACAGGCAGCAGAGAAGUGGGUGACUGAGCUGAGAGAGAAGGAGAGACUGAUAGAGGCUCUGGAAAGAGAAAAGAUGAUGCUUCUGAGCCAGCAUGAAGAUGAGAAGAGGGGAUGGGAGAUGGAAAAGAGUGAAAUGGAAAAGGAGAGGUUGGUGCAGACAGGAGAGUGGGAUAGAAAGAACAGUGAAAUGGAGAAAAUGAAAAAGGAGAAAGACAGAUGGGUGAUAGAAAAGAAAGAUAUGUUGGAGAGGAUGAAGGAUGCCCACAUUCAGCUGUAUCACAUGCAGACUGUCCUGAGGUUCAGAGAGCACGAGCAGACACAGAAGGAAACUAAGAAAGCCCAGGAAGCAAAGGAGAAAGAGACCAACCAAAAAACAAGGACACAGCGGAGAUAUACAUUGGAGGAGUGGGCGACUCCCAGACCGCCAGACCCAGCGAGGUUUGAGUUUGACCUAAGAAGGUGGGCUCACUUCAAGAGGCAGGUCAACCAGUUUGUCAGCCACUCUGAGUCACAGGCCCUGACAGACUGGGGCAGAGUGGCACAGGCCCUGACAGACCAGGGCAGAGUGGCACAGGCCCUGACAGACCGGGGCAGAGUGGCACAGGCCCUGACAGACCGGGGCAGGGUGGCACAGGCCCUGACAGACCGGGGCAGAGUGGCACAGGCCCUGACAGACCGGGGCAGAGUGGCACAGGCCCUGACAGACCGGGGCAGGGUGGCACAGGCCCUGACAGACCGGGGCAGAGUGGCACAGGCCCUGACAGACUGGGGCAGAGUGGCACAGGCCCUGACAGACCGGGGCAGAGUGGCACAGGCCCUGACAGACCGGGGCAGAGUGGCACAGGCCCUGACAGACCGGGGCAGAGUGGCACAGGCCCUGUUGUGGCUGUAUGGGAGGGCCUGGAUUUGGGCCGUCCAGUACACCAGGACUGAGGAGCGGAAGCUCUCCAGAAGCUCAACUAAAUCCACAUAG